CGUCCCAGCGGGUGUCUGUCACCAGAUAAGCAUCAUCAGCAGCCCGCUCCUUCUGCAUCCAGUCCGACCUGUAAAACACUGACUUGGAUUAUUCCUUCUUUUGUGUUAUUCAGGGUAGCGCACAGAGAGAGCAGCCAUGUCUCAUGGAUGGGGAUACGGACCAGCUAACGGACCUGACACAUGGGGAGAUGAAUUUCCAGUAGCUAAUGGGCCCAGACAGUCUCCCAUCGACAUUAUCCCUAAGGAUGCCCAGUAUACCCCCUCUCUGAAAGCUCUGAAACUCAAGUAUGACCCCAGCAACUCCAGAGGCAUUCUCAACAAUGGACACUCCUUCCAGGUGGAUUUUGUGGACGACGGUGACACUUCCACUCUGACUGGAGGUCCUAUUUCAGGAACGUACCGUCUGAAGCAGUUUCAUUUCCACUGGGGAGCAAGUGAUGACAGAGGCUCCGAGCACACUGUCAACGGAAUCAAGUUCCCCUGUGAGCUUCAUCUGGUGCACUGGAACACCAAGUACCCCAGCUUUGGAGAGGCAGCUAGUCAGCCUGAUGGACUGGCUGUGGUCGGGGUCUUUCUGAAGAUUGGUGCUGCCAAUCCCAGGCUGCAGAAAGUUCUGGAUGCUUUGGAUGCUAUUAAGACAAAGGGAAAGCAGACCACCUUUGCUAACUUUGAUGCAAAGACGCUUCUUCCCAGCUCUCUGGAUUAUUGGACCUAUGAUGGUUCUCUGACCACACCCCCUCUUUUGGAGAGUGUCACCUGGAUUGUCCUGAAGGAGCCAAUAAGUGUCAGCCCUGCUCAGAUGGCAAGGUUCCGCAGCCUCCUCUUCACUGGAGACGGAGAGGCUCCAUGCUGCAUGAUGGACAACUACCGGCCUCCUCAGCCUUUGAAGGGUCGUCAGGUCCGCGCUUCCUUCAAAUAAACUCUGCGUCAUUUACAUAGCUUCAUCCCCCCUUUGUUUUCAUUCCCCAUUUCCAUACUCCCACUGCUCUCCACAUGCAAGCUAUACUUAGCUUAUAUUAGCCUUAUUGAUUAGUCCAUCUGCUGACAAUUUCUAUAACAUAGACUGCCUGGAUGUAUCUUUAAUAAAAUAAUUAAAAAGUUAUUUUAAGCUUUGACACUAUUGAAACAUAGAUUACAUACUAUUAAAUGUGCUUUUCUUCCCAGUUAACACAGACAUCAAAUUGUCACAAUUGCCCCAUUGACACUAACAAUGGGACAGGAAUUCCGGAUUCUGAUCUCUUGUUAUAUUCUGAUUUUCUUUGGCCACUCUGUUAUUUUUACUGAUGUGUCCAAAUUCAGCCAGAUGUAUGAUACAGAUUUGUAAUAGAUAUAAGAAUUUAUUUUUUUAAAAUAGGAAUUUCAAUCAAACAGUAAUAUUCUAUAGAGGAUAGCACUAAAUGAUUGGAUGUAUGGGAUCAUAUAUUCUAUACACCGGUCCAUCUAAGGUUUAUUUAACUAAAAACAAAUUCCCAUUUUUGAAAAUAUAAGUCAUAUAUUUUGCCUUGUUUAAAAAUGAUAAUAUCGACUUCCUGAAGCUUCUUUCUACAUAUUUCAUUGUGUUUUUAUUGAUGCCUCAUGUUAUAAGUUUGUGACAAAAUGAUCGUUAUAGCAACAACAGAAAGCAAGAAAGCAAGUCUGGAUGUGACAUUUUUCAGUGGUGACUUUAUUUGUGCAUCGUAGCUGCCCUGAUGCUUCUAUGCAAAUAGAUAUGUAGACUCACCUCAUGAUGGUAAUGCUAAGGAAUGUAAUGUUGUGAAGGACAGUCUUGUGUAGUAAUGGCUGAUAGUGCUGUCUUAGGCAAU